GUGUUUCAUCUUGAUUUCUUUAUCAGAUUUCAAGAUCUGCUUUUUCAUUGUCUAAUUGCAGACACCAGGACAAACGAUGGUACUAAAAAUCUAUCCAAUACCCAAAUUUUUCCUUAAAAGAAAUACAAAAUUCCGAACGAAAGGGAAAGGGAAGAGAAGAAGAACAGCGAAGGGAGAUAAGAGUCAAGCUAUUUCAAUGGUAAAAAACAUGGAACAAGAACAACAAUCAGCACCCAGUUCACCAAAGUCAGCCCCUCCACCGAAAUCAUACGUCUUGUUUAUGAAAAUCAUGAGCAAAAGGAGAACAUGGGUAUGUCUCUUUGUGCUAGUAUACGCCAUAAUUCUAUCUUGUUCAUGGAAUUGCCUCAAAUCCAUACUGUCUUGGUACAAAAUCCAAGCCCAGCGCUCGUCUGCUGCUCCUGGGUGGCCGGCUUUGUAUGCGUCGGUCCUACUUGGUGUGGUUUUCGGGUUGCUGUCGAUGGUGGCAGCUCUGGGUGUGGCUGUGCCAGCCACUUUAGUGAUAUGGAUAACUGUCGUGAUUUUACUUGCGUUUUUUGGGAAGUCUAAGAGGACUUUGGUGGUUGAGGGGAGGAAGAUUACGAAAGAGAUUAUUGGGUUUUUGUUCAAGAUUUUGUUGAAGGAAGGGAAUAUUGUGGCUGCUGUUUGUGCUGUUCUGGGAUAUUUUGCUCUUUUUCGAAGAAAUGCCGGUGAGUGAUCAAGUUGAGUGGUUGAGAUACUUUGGUUGAUCUUUCUUUAGCAUAUUAGUUGGAAUGGUGAUCCAGGAGACGGGUGUGGAGGAUUGGAAGGUUUAGAGAUAGGUUGGAUUUGGGUGAGUUUUCCCUUCUCCCUGUAAUACAUAUGGAGCAUAGAUUAGGAGUGGCAAAGAUAUGGAGAGUUUUAUGUACCACUGGUUUUGUAAAUUUUCUUAGUUCAAAUGUAACUUGUAAACUGAUAAAUUUGACUGAGCUAUUUAAUUUUACCAUGUGUAUAUAACAGCCAUUAUCUUCUGAAUGUGAACUGCAGAACUUUUAUGUGAAUUUGGAAGCUGUAUUACUUUGAUUUUCUCUUCGGAUUUGAGCAGGUCGAUCACUGAAAGAUUUCUGUGUGCUACUGGGGAAAUUAAUGAUGUCCACAUUG